AUUAAGCUCGACGAAAAAGUGCCGGUAAUUGUCUAGACAAACCCCACUUGUUCAUUUUCCUUUGAAUUUUCAUUCAGAUCGCAGUUAAGAUAUAAAUUUCAGAAAAAUGUCAACCUUGACGCCUCUUGAAUCUAAUCCCGAGGUGCUGACCAAGUACAUACAUAAAUUGGGCGUGUCGCCAGCCUGGUCGGUAAAUGACGUCAUCGGAUUGGAUGAGGAUACUUUGGAAUGGAUUCCGCGUCCCGUAAAGGCGUUCAUUUUGCUUUUCCCAUGCAGCGAAUCGUAUGAAAAACAUCGUGCCGAGGAGCACGAGCGCAUCAAGGAGGUAAAGGAUGAACACCCCGCCGAUCUGUUCUAUAUGCGCCAAUUUACGCACAACGCAUGCGGCACCGUGGCCUUGAUCCACAGCGUGGCCAACAACAAAGAAGUUGAUAUCGACAAUGGAGUUCUAAAGGCCUUCCUAGAAAAGACAGCCUCGCUGUCGCCGGAGGAGCGUGGCCAGGCUUUGGAGACCGACAAGGACUUCACAGCCGAUCAUCAGGCUCUGGCUCAAGAGGGUCAGACCAAUGCCGCCGAGCACGAGACGGUGAUCCAUCAUUUUAUCGCCCUGGUCAAUAAGGGGGGCACUCUGUAUGAGCUAGAUGGUCGCAAGUCCUUCCCAAUUAAGCAUGGACCAACAUCGGAGGAAACUUUCGUGAAGGAUGCGGCCAAGGUCUGCAAGGAGUUCAUGGCCCGUGAUCCCAACGAGGUGCGCUUCACCGUUCUGGCUCUAACUCCGGCCCAGAAUUAGACUGGAUCUAAUUCUCGAUAACUUAAAUACCACCAAGAUCUCUGAUCAGCCACAAUAUACAUUUAUAAACCCAUAAUAUUUUUACUAGGGCCGAAAAGGCGACGAAGCCCCGCCUUUUUGGUUAGCCUACAGUUUACGCAUAUUUAUUUCGCCUUGAGCCAAAGCCACAAAUGUAUUGGGAACACUGAAUUUGUUAUUAAAGAAUGCAUUCGAGCUUGAUGCUAAGCUUAUUCGGAA